GCUGGUGAACUUUUAUAUUUAGCACCGCUCGAGUUUCCAGAUGCCCAUUCAGUGCCAGCAGACGCUAUGGAAUCUCUCCGCUGCUCCAACACAACUCACAAAACCUGAAGACUCACUGGCACUAGAGAGAGCACGUGUUGAAACCCUGUCAAAAACAAAUUAAGAGCUCUCUGAAAGCAAGGUGACUCUAUUCUUGACGGGCUGAACGGGCAAGAAAAUAUCAAUUCCAAACGCAUCUUUCAUUAUUGAUUGACAGAAUAAUGUUUAUUAAAAGCGUUGAAACAAGCAUUCAAGCAACAUGAUCUUAUCGUACCUGAUGUGCAAAUCGCAAUGACGAGGCAGAUUGCAAAACAGCGUUUUUUGUGAACUAUGCUUGUGGAAGAAAAAGGGGCAGAGACUUUUUUAAAGGACGCCUUUAGUAGCAACAGAGAAACAGGAAGAGGAUAGAUUUGACAUUUGCAAGCAAGUUCGACUGCUCAAAUGCUCAGUUUUUCUUUCCUCUGAAAAUGACCUGCAUGAGAGAUGGCUGCACUCUUUUAUGUAUAUUAUGUUUCACUGAUGACUCCACCCCAUUUUUGAUUGCCUGCUGCAGGAGUUCAUGCUGUAUAUGUGCUGUACAGCUGUGAAGGAACCUGAACUGCUGACUUCUUUCUUCAGGACAGUGAGUUGUAAUGGAUGCAGACAUUUCCAAAUGUCAUCAGAUUAUAUUUCCACAAUGGAAUAUUUAUUUUGAGCUGUAGUGGAAUAUCCAAACCACAUAGAGUAGAAGACUAGAGAAUAGGAAAUAUCUGGCAUUUCUCAACCUACGGUUGUGCGUGAUGCAACUUGUCUUCAAUGAAACUGUCAGCCUUAGACAAUCCUGAUGCAUAGGUAAUAUAUGAAAGUCUGUAGAAGAUGGCUGUGACACCACCUCCUGAAAUCACCAUAGCUGAGCCCGUUUCCAUUCCAGUCCUAAACAUUCUCCCACCAUCGUCCGAUACGGAGUCAUGGUCCUGCUCCCCAAGCCCACGGCCACACCGGUACCCCUUACGCAGCCGAAACCGGGAAAAGAGAAGAGCCAAAGUCCCUCAAGAGGACAUAUCAAAGAACCACUGGGAUAAAGGGCAGAGGAAGCAAGAUAGAAGCCAAAGCCCGUCACGUGCAUCUCCGUCGCCUCCAAUGGUUUCUAAAGUAGAAGAGGAAGAGCAGAGCUGCCCCUCCAUGCUUCUCCUACCCCCAUCCCGCUCAUGGUCACGGAGUUCCUCCCUAAACAGUCGCUCACGCUGGUCUAUCCGUAGCCUUCUCAGCAAGGACUCAGAUUGUGACAGCAGCAGUACAGCCAGUAAUUCUCCGCGCAGCACUCCCGGCAGCUCGCCCUCCCUGCGCCGCCGUGUGCUGGGAGGCAGAGCCAGCGAAGGGGAGACAGGUGGGGACAGAAGCGGUGGGGGUUCAGAGAGCCCCCUGCCUCCUACUCCCUCCUCAUCCACUUCCUCCUACCCACUUGCGGCCCGACACUUCACCCGCAAUGCCAAGAAAAUGCAGAGCUGGUAUAAUGUUCUCAGCCCUACAUAUAAACAGAGGAAUGAAGACUUCCGUAAACUCUUUAAAAAACUGCCUGAUACAGAACGUCUCAUAGUAGACUACUCAUGUGCACUGCAGAGGGACAUUCUGCUCCAGGGCCGUCUCUACCUGUCUGAAAACUGGCUCUGCUUCUAUAGUAAUAUCUUCCGAUGGGAAACCACGAUAACCAUACUGCUGAAAGAUGUGACCAGUCUGACCAAGGAAAAGACGGCCAAGCUCAUCCCUAACGCCAUCCAGAUUAGCACUGAACACGAGAAGCACUUCUUCACGUCAUUUGGGGCAAGGGAUCGCAGCUACAUGAUGAUCUUCAGACUGUGGCAGAAUGCACUGAUGGAUAAGACGCUGUCUCCUAAAGAGCUAUGGCACAUCGUUCACCAGUGUUAUGGCACUGAACUGGGGCUCACUAGUGAAGAUGAUGACUACGUCUCCCCUACUGCUGAACAUAUGAAUGGCCUGCUGCCGGGUGAGGAGCCGGUCUCCGUCACUGACCUGCUGGAUCUGGGAUCAGUGCCGGUGCCUCCGGUGGGCUCCUCUCCACCCUCAUCUGCCUCAGUUCUUCCCUGCGCUUCAGGAUCUUCACCACCGUCCUCAUCUUCCUCUUCCUGCCAGCCUGUGGAGGUGCCAUGUACUCGGGCCAGCAUUGAACCUGAGCCCAGUCCACCCAGCUCCCAGAGCUCAUUGCCCCCCACCACAAACACUGGAGCUGCCCCAUCCUCGAUCAUCUUGGAAGAAGGCGGGGACAGCCAGUCAGAAUUGGCCAAUCAGUCACUUCAGUCUCCUCCCACUGUCCCACACAGCCUGGGAAACCUCUCCUCACUGGAUAUCACCAAUGAUGAGGAGCUCCCAACUGAUCCCAGCAAUUCCUCUGACACUCAGGAAGAGAGUGAGGUGGAGUCCUUCUGUGCGGAUCUCAAUGGACGGCUGCAUAUCAACACAGUUCUUCGGAUGAGCGUGGACAAGCUCCACGACCUUCUGUUCUCGGACACUCAUUUCAUCCAGCACCUCUUCUCACAACGACACUUCACUGAUCUCUCUGUGCACGAGUGGCAGCAGGACAGCAGCAGUGGGAACAGCAGUAGAGUUCUGAGUUACACCAUCGCCAUCAACAACCCACUGGGCCCAAAAACUGCUCCUGUGGUGGAAACACAGACUCUGCACAAGAGCAGCACCCGGGGCGAGUGUUACGUGGUGGACUCGGAGGUCAUAACCUCAGGCAUCCCCUACCAGGACUACUUCUACACUGUACACAGAUACUGCCUCACCUCUGUCAACAAGCACAAGAGCCGCCUCAGGGUCUCGUCCGAUAUCUGCUACAGGAAGCAACCGUGGAGUCUUGUGAAAGCUCUGAUAGAGAAGAACACUUGGAGCGGCAUCGAAGAGUAUUACAGACACAUGGAGAUGGAGGUGUGUAAGCUGGAGACGCUGUUGCAGUCGGAGGUUUCUGUAGUGAGCACCGGGGAAGUGCCUUCCGCGGACUCUGCCAAGACGCCUCCCGGCCUGCGCAGGCGCAAACGCACCUGUUCCAGACGAGCAGGAGAGCGGGAGAGAGAAAGGGAGGGAGCGGGAGGAGGAGCAGGGGACCGGGGCGACAGAGGAAUUGGAGAUGAACGCGAAAGGAGAGAAGCUGGUGCUCAGUAUGUGAAAUUAGGGGAGAGGUGGCGUGGAGCCGGCAGCAACAACAAUAGUAUCUCCACCAUCCUGCUCAUUGUGAGCUUCAUUCUGGUGGUUCUGGUGGCUCUGAACAUGAUGCUGUUCUACAAACUGUGGGCGCUCGAAAGAGCCGCACACACGCUGGAGACCUGGCACUCGUACUCUUUAACCGACAGUCCUCUUCCACAGACAGCAGGAGAGUGGGCGCAGGUUCUGCAACUCCAGAGGCAGUUCCACCAGGCCCAGAUGAACAAAUGGCAGCAGAUCCUACAGUCUUCUGUCACACUUCUGGAUCAGAUGAAACAGUCUCUGGAGAAGCUCCACAGAGGAAUGAUUACACCUGAGGUGCAGCAGGAGUCUGAUCCAGCACCAGAAACACUGACAGAUCAGUGAGAGUGUACGGUAACCCCUUCACCAUACCGUUUACAGACUGUGGUCCUUGUGACAUAGCAUCCACGAGGAGCCAAAUCAUGAACGGGAGACGGUGCUCAACUCAGUGACUUUAACUUUGGGAUUAAUGUGGGUAUCUUUUAGCUUACCCAAGUGUCCAAACAGCAGCUACAGGACUUUAUACAAGCUGUAUAAAACCCAUUCAACUCUUUUAGCAACCAUGAACUCUGGGUCUGAAGCAAUAACGCGCGUACGGGAGCGUCUGUGACUUUCAGCUGUGCUGCAUCUUGAGCCGUCUGGUCCGUACUGCGUGUCCGAAAAAACCUGAACAAAACAAGCUUUACAGAAAUGAAUUUCAUCAUGGACCUUGCAAAAAAAAAAGCUUGGGAGAGAUGCGUCGAAGAUUUCAAAGAGGGAAAUGUCUGAAAUCGACCUCCGAGACCUCUCAAAUGGUCUUUUCACAAAUGUUUUUAUGUUUUCAUAGAAGAGAAAUUUUUCUCUUCUGUUUUGUUAUUGUUUUCAGAGUUGUUGCUGAAACUCGUUUAAAGUGUGUCAGACCAUUACAGUAUUUAUUUAAUAGACUUGAAUUACAGUCUAACGUCAUCUAAGGACCAAUGUAGAAAUGGGUGAAACGAGUGCUAUGAAUAUGAAUUCCCGUUUUAGCAAUAAUCAUGUGGAGAAAUUGUAAUGACAAUUAGAAGUUAAUCUACAAGGAAGAAUGCAGGAAAAACGACAAAUGUGCAAGUGAUACUUAGGCUAGAGUACCAGAUUGAGGAUUGUUUUUACACACUGUUGCAAUUUUAACCAUUUCUUCCUUCUCCCUAAUGUUUUAGUUAUUAUUUUUGUUUUUAAUCCCUGUGUAUUUAUGACUUAGGGGUAAAAGGAGCUGUUUUGUGUAGUCGAGGCGUCGAGAAACUUGUCGAGUUUCACUGGAAUCAAACUUGAACUGUUCAGGGUUACUUUUAGCUCGAACAGCUGAACGUGCACACAGAUUGAAGAACUUCAGUCGUUCCUGAGGCUGGACGUUUGGGACCAACCAGAACUCAAGGUCAGGAGGACUAUUGUGAUUUCACUCAACACUAUAGGCCAGUCUCACACAGAACAUGACCGUGUUUCACCUCAAAAUCAAGAAAAUAAGAGAUUAUAUUUCAAAAAAAAUUUUUUUGCAUUGUGGCUUUUUUAUUUACAUUUUUAUUAAAUAAUUUGUGAUUCUCACUACUGCAAUGCAAAUUCAUCCUGUGCAGAUAAUUAUUUACAUUUAAAUAAGCAUAAUUUAGAACUGUAAGUUAUAUAAAUAGUGGUAUAAAUAACUAAAAACAAUGUUACAAUGCAAAAAAAAUGAUUUUAAUGUAAAAUAUGAUGUGCAUGUUCUUUGUGAGAUUCACCAAGAGGCUUUGAGUUGGAUUUCUUUUUCUUUUUUUUGGUCCUUUGUUUCAUUACUUUCCUUUGGACUAUCUGUUACUGAUGUCCCCUGUCCAGCCAUUUCAUUUUUGUCCCUGUAUUUGUGGUCUCACUCUGUCGUGCCCUUCAGCCUCAGUGAUCUCUCCCUCCUCUGAGUGUGUUAUCAGAAUCUCUGUCUGUUGUCUGUUUGUCUGCGGGCGCUGCUGUGCAAAGCCCUUGCUCUGAGUGAUGAAAGCGUGUGCUAUUUAUUCGGGUCAGGGAGGGAGAGAGCGAAGGUGGGAUGUAUUGUAUAGACACGAUUGUAAAGAUGACUUGUGACGGUCACAAAUGUAUAAUAAAAUAUGCCAAAAAAUUGUAACAUUGUGU